AUGUCUUCAACCACACAAGAUCCACAAGCCUCCACGGCACCCACAGACCUCCUGUCCGAAAUGCUAGACCCAUCCGCUCGCAUCGAAGAACUGUCCUCGGCACAAGAAGAAGAAAUCCAGGAAGCGGACUCCGACUCCGACUACGAGACUUCCGACAGUGACGAUGGUCAGAAUGUACAUGGCUGGAUGGCCUCCAAGCUCCCACCCAACCUACCUUUCUACUUUGCGUCUCCCGGUCCACUACAAGAUGAUCUAAAGACGUCAACAUCAGUCGCCCAGGAAAAGACAAUGAGNGAGGUCAUAGACCUGAUGACGGGGAAAGGCCAGACCAUCUUGGACGUCAACACAUAUGGUCUGCCACACCUCUUGAAGAACAAGCAUGCUGCCUUCCUUCGCACGAUAUUGGGCAAGUACCCACCGCCGUUCCAGGUCAUGGAUGCUAGUCGACCGUGGCUGUUGUACUGGGCUCUCAAUGGUCUGAGAACACUGGGAGUCGAUGUCAGCGAGUACAAGCAAAGGUGCAUUGACACCUUUACGCCAUUGCAAAACACAGAGGGCGGCUUUGGUGGUGGCUAUGGUCAUCUCUCUCAUGCCGCUGCGAGUUAUGCUGCCACGCUAAGUUUGGCCUUGGUGGGAGGUCUCGACAUGAUUGAUCGUAGAGCCAUGUAA